AUGGUACAGGAUUUACCAGACGAAGUCUUAGCGAAUCCGGAACUUUACGGGUUGCGUAGGUCGCAUAGAGCCGCUAUCACCCAUAAUACUUAUGCUGGUUUAGAUUCAGAUUCAGAUGAGGAAGUGAUUCGUCCCAGAAGGGGUAAGCAAAAGCGGAAGGCUGUGAAACAGGAACAUAAUUAUGACGAAGAAGAGGAAGAAGAAGAGGAAAUUGAUGAUUUCAGUGACACUGAUGAUUUCGGUUCGAAAAGGAAACCAACCCGCGCACCUAGUGCCAAAAGGGGUAGGAAGCGUGUCAGUGCUGGUAAUUCAAAGAGUAAACGCCAAGCGAAACGUGUCGAGGAGAGUGACGAGGAAAAUGUCGUUUUGCCUACCAGGUUUUCGUCUCGGAAUAAUAAUAAAGUCAUUAAUUAUACAUUAAAUGAUGAUUCUAACGAUGAGGAUUUGAUGGAAUCUUCCGAGGAACAGGAUGAGGGUCAUAAUUUGGAUAGCGAGGAUAUGGACUUGCAAGAUGGAUAUUCUGCUUCGCCGUCGCCGCAACAGGAAACGCAUAGCAUCGACAUCGUUGUCGAUCAUCGUUUGAAGGAAGGUGUUGAUAAUUCGGGAUCGACGAAGAAUCGUAGAUGGGAUGUGGAUUCCAUCAGAGCUAACUUUGAGUUCCUUAUUAAAUGGGCAGAUCAAUCUCAUUUACAUAACAGUUGGGAGUCCUACGAGGACCUCAAGGAGAACGGGACUAAAGGUUUGAAAAGAAUAGAGAAUUAUUAUAAACAGUUUAUCAUUUUAGAUCAAGAGGUGAGAGCAGACCCAUAUACCACCAGAGAGGAUAUAGAAGUCAUGGAUCUUGAGCAUGAGCGUAGAAUUGACGAAUUCGAAGAGUUCAAGGUGCCAGAACGGAUCAUUGACUCGGAACGUUUUGAAAAUGAGGACGGAUCAGGUUCGUCCCAAUUGAAGUAUCUUGUAAAAUGGCGUCGUUUAAAUUAUGAUGAGUGUACUUGGGAAGUAGCCUCCGAGAUUGUCAAGAUGGCUCCUGAACAGGUAAAAGAGUUCCAAAACAGAACCAAUUCCAAGAUAAUGCCACAAAACUCCUCUAAUUACCCAGCAAAUCAAAGACCGAAAUUCGAAAAGCUAGACGCCCAACCUAGUUUCAUUAAAGGUGGGGAACUAAGAGAUUUUCAAUUGACUGGUAUCAAUUGGAUGGCCUUUCUUUGGUCAAAGAACGAUAACGGUAUCCUUGCUGAUGAGAUGGGUCUUGGUAAAACUGUUCAAACUGUUUCAUUUAUCAGUUGGCUCAUUUACGCUAGAAGACAAAACGGUCCUCAUUUAGUAGUGGUACCUUUAUCAACCAUGCCUGCAUGGCAAGAAACUUUUGAUAAAUGGGCUCCUGGUUUGAACUGUGUUUACUAUAUGGGUAAUCAAGCUUCAAGGGACUUAAUUCAAGAUUAUGAAUUUUACACCAACCCACAAGCUAAGGGCAAAAAACAUCUCAAAUUUAACGUUCUGUUGACAACAUAUGAGUAUAUUUUGAAAGAUAGGUCAACGUUGGGUUCAAUUAAGUGGCAGUUCCUGGCUGUGGAUGAAGCUCAUCGUUUGAAAAAUGCAGAAUCAUCUCUAUAUGAAUCUCUAAACAGUUUCAAAGUUGCGAACAGAUUGUUAAUCACCGGUACACCGUUACAAAAUAACAUUAAAGAAUUGGCGGCAUUGGUGAAUUUCUUAAUGCCAGGCAGAUUCACUAUUGAUCAAGAAAUCGACUUUGAAAAUCAGGACGAACAACAGGAAGAAUACAUCAGAGAUUUGCAUAAGAGGUUACAACCCUUUAUUCUUCGUCGUUUGAAAAAAGAUGUAGAAAAAUCCUUGCCCUCGAAAACCGAACGUAUCUUAAGAGUGGAACUCUCUGAUGUUCAAACGGAGUAUUAUAAGAACAUUCUAACAAAGAAUUAUUCUGCUUUGACUUCUGGUAUUAAGGGCGGCCACGUUUCUCUUCUAAAUGUUAUGAAUGAAUUGAAAAAGGCAUCAAACCAUCCCUAUCUUUUUGAUAACGCCGAAGAAAGAGUUCUUUCUAAGUUUGGUGAUGGUCACAAAUCUAGAGAAAACAUUUUAAGAGGGUUGAUCAUGUCCAGUGGUAAGAUGGUAUUAUUGGAUAAACUUUUGACACGAUUGAAAAAGGAUGGUCAUCGGGUUCUAAUUUUCUCACAAAUGGUUAGAAUUUUAGAUAUUCUAGGUGACUAUUUAUCUAUCAAAGGUAUAAAUUUCCAAAGACUUGACGGUACAGUGCCUUCUGCUCAGCGUAGGAUAUCUAUUGACCAUUUCAACGCGGAAGAUUCUAACGAUUUUGUCUUUUUGCUAUCUACCAGAGCCGGUGGUUUAGGUAUCAAUUUGAUGACUGCUGACACUGUCAUCAUCUUUGACUCUGAUUGGAAUCCACAGGCGGAUUUACAAGCUAUGGCAAGAGCUCAUAGAAUUGGCCAGAAGAAUCAUGUCAUGGUUUAUAGAUUUGUAUCCAAAGAUACAGUUGAAGAAGAAGUCUUAGAGCGUGCAAGAAAGAAGAUGAUUCUAGAAUACGCUAUUAUUUCUCUUGGUGUCACAGAUGGUAACAAAAUAUCAUCAACCAAGAAGAAUGAACCGAGUGCCGGUGAGCUUUCCGAAAUCUUGAAAUUCGGUGCUGGUAAUAUGUUCAAACCAAAUGAUAAUCAACAAAAGUUAGAAGACUUGAAUUUGGAUGAAGUUUUGAACCAUGCAGAGGAUCAUAUCACAACUCCAGAGCUUGGGGAAUCGAAUUUGGGUGGAGAAGAAUUCUUGAGACAGUUUGAAGUUACGGAUUAUAAAGCUGAUGUUGAUUGGGAUGACAUUAUCCCCGAAGAUGAACUCAAGAAACUAAAGGAUGAAGAACAAAGGCGUAUCGACGAAGAAUAUGUCAGAGAACAGUUAGAUAUAAUGAACCGUAAAACUGCUGCCAUUGAUAAGAUUAAGAGAUCUGUCAACGGAGAAACGUUUGGGAGUGACUCAGAAGACGAAGGUAACUCCAAAUCUAGAAAGAGAUCUAAAGCUAACAACUUGGACGCUUUUGGUGAAAGAGAAAUCAGAGCAUUAUACAAGUGUAUUCUUCGAUUUGGUGAUAUUGAAAACAAGUUUGAAGAGCUGAUUGCCGAUGGAUCAUUACCCGUAAAAUCUAUUGAUAGAUAUAAAGAGCUUUACCACGAAAUGAUUACAGAGGCAGAAACUUUGAUGAGAGACGAAGAGGCUAAGAGGCAUGAAAUAUUUAGUAAGUUAGAAAAGGAUGCAGCCGAAUACAGACAGAAAAUUAAAAACUUGGAAAUUAAGCCUGAAGAUGAUGCUGGUAAAGAAACUCCUAUCACUCUUUUAUCUGCUAAAAGAAGAGAGAAAAGAGCCAUCCUAUUCGAAUUCCACGAUACUAAAGCACUAAACGCAGACACCCUUGUUAAUAGACGCGACAAUCUAAAAUUCUUAUCCAAUUUUGUGGAAAGAAACUACAAAGACGACCCGUUACAAUUCAAGUUCGUGAAUAAGAAUCCAAAACCUGUGUCUGCGUGGAAUUGCGUAUGGGGUAAAGAAGACGAUGAGAAGCUGUUAAUCGGUAUCUAUAAGUAUGGUUACGGUGCAUGGAUGCAAAUCAGAGAUGAUCCGUUUUUGGGACUAACUGAAAAACUUUUCUUGAACAAUGAAGUUACUCAGAAAGCUGCCACUCCUGCAGCACCUAGUCUCACACCAUCUGCUCCAGGGGCAUCUGUUGCGGGGUCUUCAACACCUGGUGCUGAUGCUGUAAAGACAGAAACUCCUGACACUACGGCAAACACACCAAUCGUGACGGCGUCUUCUGAAAACACUAAUAAGAAAACAGUGAAGAAAGCUCCCGGUGCUGUGCAUCUCGGUAGAAGAGUCGAUUACUUAUUCACUGUCCUAAGAGACGAAGCUAAGGGUCCCCAAACUGAUCCAUCUCACCCUGCCGGCUCUUCGUCAACCGGAACCACGACGCCUCAGCAAAACAAACGUAAACCAAAGAAGUCUGCUACUACUGCUGGGAACAGCAAUGGGAACGAAAAUGCCCAUACCGCUGGUACCCCAAGUGACGGCAAUAGUGUUAACUUAACCGGCAAGGACUCUACACCAGACAAUAGCUCCGAAACAAAGCGUGGCAAGGCCCAUCACCAUCAACAACCAUCAUCAAGAUCUGGUACGCCUGUCGUCGGAUCGAAAAAACAGCAGAGGAAAGGUAAAGACAUACCGUUGGCACCAAAAGCCGAUAUCCGUCUUCCUGACAAAGAAUACGACAGUAUGGACGAAGAAGAGUGUAAGAAAACGAUGACAAACGUCCGUAGCUCACUCAAACGUCUAAGAUCUGGAGGAGACGGUCUUGAACGUAAGCAAUGGGCUAACCUAUUGAAGAAGGAAUUGAAACGUGUUGGUGACUACAUCGAAUCGCACAAGAAGGACUCGUCUAAGACCUCUCCAGAAAAAUAUAAAAGACAUUUAUGGUCUUUCACUGCAUAUUACUGGCCAAGAGAUGUCCCAUCUUCCAAACUCCUGGCGAUGUACGACAAAAUCAAAGCCUCUGAACAUUAA